CUCGUGCUUCGAUCUCCGUCUGCGUCGGGGCAUCUGUGCGAGCGAUGCUCGCUGCGGAAGGCUCUGCUCUUCCCGCAUGCGCUUCCCCCGUCAUGGGCUUCUCCCUGUCCCCCUCCUCACGCGACCUCCGCCGCCCUCCAGCUCCUUCUCCUCUUACUCCAUCCCGUGGGAUCCCGUCGCUUCCGCCGUCCACGAUGGCAUCCUGCGAGCUCGGUCCUUUGCCCACACGAAGCAGGCUCAUGCCCUGGCCGCCGCUUCCGGCGUCCUCCCCCGCCACCUUCCCUCCGCCGCCGCCAUCCUCAUCGCCUACGCCGACCACGGUGACCCCGCUGCCUCCCUCCGCCUCUUUGACGACAGCCCCCUCAGACUCCGCGGUGCCUUCCUCUGGAACGCCCUCGUUCGCGCCCUCUCUUCCGCUGCCGGCCUUCACUCCGCCGCUCUCUCCGCCUACAAUGGCAUGCUGCGCGCCGGCGUCAGACCCGACAAUCGCACCUUCCCCUUCGCCCUUACAGCCGCCGCCGCCGCGGUUGGUGAUGACGCCCGGAAAGGCCGAGAGAUUCAUGGAUCGGUGAUCAAGGUUGGAUUUUUUUAUGACGUCUUCGUGGGGAACACACUCUUGGCCUUCUACGGCAUCUUAGGUGAUUUGCUGGCCGCUAAACAGGUGUUUGGCGAAAUGCUACAUAGAGACGUUGUUUCAUGGAACUCACUCAUUUCAAUGUUUUCAUCGAAUGGCUUAUACUCGGAUGCAGUAAGCUUGCUGUUGGAGUUAAAGAGGAGCGACCUUUCAGUGAAUUCUGUGAGUCUGAUCAGUGCUCUCCCUGCAUGUGCUGCACUGCAAGAUGAGGAUUGUGGAAAGGGAAUUCAUGGUCUUGCGAUAAAGGCUGGUCUGGAUUUGGUAGUCACAGUCGGUAAUGCAUUCAUUGAUACGUAUGGGAAGUGUGGGGACUCAGAUGCCUCGAUGCGAGCUUUUCAGAGCAUGCAGGAAAAGAAUGAUGUUUCUUGGAACUCUGUUAUUGGUAGCCUUGUUCAUGCUGGUCUCUAUGAGGAUGCUUUGGAGAAAUUUAAAGAAAUGCUAGCAAUUAAGGUGAAGCCAAACUCAAUCACCAUAUCAAGUCUUUUACCAGCAUUGGUUGAGUUGGGCUGUUUUGAUUUGGGGAAAGAGAUUCAUGGGUAUAUUAUAAGAAACUACAUGUAUUCUGAUGUCUUUGUUGCUAAUUCUCUAGUGGACAUGUACGCAAAGUCUGGAUGUUGGAAUAAGGGGUCAGAUAUUUUCUAUAGAAUGGAUAAUUGGAAUGUGGUUUCUUGGAAUGCAAUGAUUGCAAAUUUUGCGCAGAAUGGAGCUGAGUUGGAAGCCAUAGGGCUUGUUAAGGAGAUGCAGGAUUGUGGGGAAUUCCCCAAUUCGGUUACAUACACAAAUGUUCUUCCAGCAUGUGCUAGAAUUGCUUCACUGGUGAAGGGUAAGGAAAUUCAUGCUAGGUCAAUCCGUGUGUGUUCUAAUUGUGACUUAUUUGUUUCAAAUGCUUUGAUUGAUAUGUAUGUGAAAUGUGGAAGGUUUGAUCUUGCUCAAAACGUUUUUAAUGUAUCACAGAGAGAUCAAGUGUCGUACAAUACCUUAAUAGUAGGGUACUCUGAGAGUCCAUUGUGUUCAGAAGCUUUGGAUUUGUUCCUGGACAUGCGAUCUGUAGGAAUUGAGUACGAUGUUGUUUCCAUUGUGGGUGCCUUAUCUGCAUGCGGUAAUCUAUCUGCACUCAAGCAAGGAAAGGAGAUACACUGCUUGUCCAUGAGAAAAUUGUUCGACACACAUCUCUUUGUGGCAAACUCAUUAAUAGACUUGUACACUAAAUGCGGAAGGAUUGCUCUUGGUAAGAAGAUCUUUGAUAGAAUAUCAAACAAGGAUGUGGCCUCAUGGAAUGCUAUGAUCUUAGGGUAUGGAAUGCAAGGAGAACUGGAAGCUGCAAUUAAUUUGUUUGAUUUGAUGAAAGAUGAAGGUUUGGAAUAUGACCAUGUUUCUUACAUUGCAGUCUUAUCAGCGUGUAGCCAUGCUGGGCUUGUUGAGAGAGGAAAGAGAUAUUUCAACCAAAUGCUAGCUCAAAACAUUAGGUCAACACAGAUGCACUAUGCUUGCAUGGUCGAUCUUCUAGGGAGAGCUGGACUGAUGACAGAAGCUGCAGAAUUAGUAAGAAGCAUGCCCUUUGAAGCAGAUUCCAAUGUUUGGGGUGCAUUGCUUGGCGCAUGUCGCAUCCAUGGAAAUAUUGAGUUAGCUCAGUUGGCAGCAGAACAUUUGUUUAAGUUAAAGCCAGGGCACUGUGGAUACUAUAUUUUGCUUUCCAAUAUGUAUGCUGAGGCGGGGAGAUGGAAUGAAGCAGAUCAGGUCAGAGCACUGAUGAAAUCUAGGAAGGUGAAGAAGAAUCCAGGGUGCAGCUGGGUACAGAUUGGUAAUAAGCUACAUGCCUUUUUAGUGGGAGAAGGAUCACAGGGUUCUGAGUUAGACCUAUGUUAUAAUGAACUGGUUGAAAGUGAGAGGAUGAGUUCAGCAUAUCUUUAGUGGCCUCAGACUUAUAACUUAGGGCCUCAGGAACUGUAGAGUCGGACUUCAAAUUUGAUGCAGCUUCCAGAUCAAAGAGAAAGUGAUGAUCCACACGUCAUGUUGAACCUUUGUCAGGAAAAUCAUAUUUAACAGUUCAGGAAGUACUGCAUAAUCACAAUUAGAGAACCUGUACGUUCUACAAUCAUCACUUGCAGGUAAUUUCACACCAAUGUCGUAUUCAUUAAAUCUCCAAAAGCUCACGUCAGAUUUGUCCUCUAAAGCUUUCAUGGCACGAUACAAAAAGUUGUUCUGUUCCAUCGAUGGGGAAUUGCUUCCUAUGGACUUAUCCUCUGCAGCCACGUUAUGAAUAUAAGCAUUCCAUGUUUUCGAAGAAGAUGGAGAAUUCUUCACAAAAAACAGCUCCACAACUUUUGCAAUGGCAAAGUCACAGGAAGGAUCUGGCAACUCAGGAUAUGCUUUCCUCUCAAGGUCAGUUAAGAAGUCCAGAUUGAUACCGAGGAGAAUGAAAGCUCGGAAAACCAACUUCUUAUAGAUUUCAGAUCAAGUUUCUAGCAGUCCUCUUGUUGCAUGGUACAAGCCUAACAGAACUAAGAGUAGGGUAUAUCUGAUUUCAUCAAUUCUUUUUGGAAACACUUUUGCCAAACAGAAAUACUACCAUUCUAAGUCUCUUAAUGGUGGCAGCUCCCAGAGUUUGAAACCAGGAGAUUCUUGGACAAGACUGGAUUGAGGAUCAACAAUCUUCCCAUAAUUUACCCCUACAUCCCUGUGAUUGAUGCUGGAGGACCUUUUCUUGCUUAUAGUUUGUGUAAACAUAAUAGUACCCUUGGGGAUAAUUUUAUUUGAUGAGCCAGAGUCCAAAUUCUCUUUUACUCUGUAUCAUCCUCUUGUGACCUAUAAAUAUUGUACCAAAAAAGGAGUCAAGGUUCUUGCAAUACUCAUCAUGCAAAAACAUCAAAUAAUAGGAUGGAAUCAGAAUGCUGAGUUUUUUUA